AUGGCGCCGCCGCGCAGAUCGUUGUCUUCGAAGAGACUGAAGACUACUCGACCGCCACCCGACAGACCGCUCAACAGGCAAAUCGCGGCGGCGAAGAGAAGAUACCGACACAACUUCGCGACGAGCGAAGAGCUGGAAGCCAGAGGCACGUGCAUAGCGAGUAUAGGGUCAUGGAAGGCAGAAGGUACGAAGCCGGCGGUGGGAGGUCGACAGCCCGGGACCGAUGUUUUGGAGCGUCAGCGGUCGGGAUAUGAGGAGGAUGACUGGCCUUCGCAGAUGCCUCGACCUCUAUCACUGACGCCAGGAACGAAUGUUCACGAAAACACGGCAGCACGAACGUGUGGAGAGCCGCUGCAGGGCCUGGACAUGCUGAAGGAAGUUCUCAAGCAGAAGCUCGGCGAUGCUGGUCUGGACGAUAUGGUUGAGGAUGCGUUCAUGCUUCGACUGCGAAGGCGGCAUGGAAUGCUGCGGACGAAUCGCAGCAGCAUACUUCGCAAAGCACAGGUGGACAGCAUGAGGGCGAAUUGCCGCCUUUUUAUCGCCCGCAACUCCCAUUGUCCCGAUCUCCCUUGGACCUUGCUUGAAGUACAACCAGACAUCAUCCUUCGACCGCACAAACCACCGCAGCUCCUACCUCCGGCUCUACCUCACCUCGAUAUCACCGCCCUGCUGCUUGGACCUAUUCCUGUGGACGAUGGAAACGAGCUGCACCACACUUACUCCAACUUCAAUCUCGCGGCUCGCUCCAACUUCGGCCAACUUCGACAACGUUGCUAG